AUGUCCCAAUCCAUGAUGAGGGGGAACUUUAUACAGUUGGGAAUGAGCUUCAAAGGCUUGUCUGGGCGGUUAGUCGGAAAUCUUUGUGACCCUGUUAUGAGAGCCAUUGCCCCGUUGGAACUUGAAGGUAUGGAAGGAAUUCGAUUUGCAGACUUCCAGGCUCUGUCGACACCGGAAAUGGCUAUCCCAGAUGUGUGCCUAGGACUUGUUUCCGACCCCACCCCUGAAAAUGUAUAUUUGGUGGGAGAGUUCAAAACGCCAUGGACUGUCCCUGAAACACAUCUCUACCAGUUGACUUGA